AUGUCGCAGGUGCCUAGUCUGUUUCGAUUUCCGUUUCAGGUGGAUACCCCGGGUCACGUGGAGUCCCUGUCUGCUGGCGGCGAGGAGCAGGUGGAGUCGGCAGGCGAAGGCGUUGGGGUGUGGAUCACUGGUCGAGGUGAUUUGUCCCAGUAUCUCCCAGAAGGCACGUUCCUCGCUGUUGUCACUUUCGUCUUCGAACAGAGUGGUCCGGCUGAUCAUGCACACCUGCUCGUACUGUCUAUCCAGGAACCUGUUGAGAAGGAGGAACAAGCUCGAGGCGUAGGUCGGGACAAACAGGAAAGACUGUGA